AGUACUUCUAAUUCUAAUGGUCUUGUGCAUGCUUAUGCUAAUAUACAAGCGAAUACACAUGACGCGAUGCUGCUGGAUCCGAAUGAAAAGAGUUUGAGAUUGUUAGCGCAUUACUUGUAUUUCGAGAGAGAGCCCGAGGAAGGACGAGAUGGGAACCACGGUGAGGACGGUGAGCAUUUUUUUGCAACCGCACUUGUUUCCGAGGUGCAACUCGAAACUACUGUAUGCCACGUCGUGAGCAGCAUUAUCGCACGCACGGCGUUUAAUCGGACCACUCCUCGUUCUUUCGGGACGAGCGGAGAAGC